AUGUCUGACACAAACCAAACAGCAUUACUUAUCAAGGAGUUUAUUAUCGUGGGAUUUCCUGGAUUCCAAGACCAAGCGAGCAAAAAAGCACUUUUUACUUUUUUUCUGAUAGCUUAUUUUUUGGUUUUAACACUCAAUCUUCUUCUGAUUGGCAUUUUUAUUGUGGAUAGAAAUCUUCACACCCCAAUGUAUUUCUUAGUGUGUAGUCUUGCCAUUUUAGAUAUUGUGCUUUCAACAAACACAGUGCCUAGGAUGUUAGCCCUCUUCAUUUCAGAUUCAAGAUCAACUCCUUUUGUGACCUGCUUUGCUCAGAUCUACUUCUUUUUGGGUCUCAGCUCAGCUGAAUGUUUCCUUCUUGGCCUCAUGGCUUAUGACAGGCACAUUGCAAUCUGCAAACCUUUGCACUACCCCAGCAUAAUGACUAACAGUCGUAUUCUGAAGCUCAUCAUCUGCAGCUGGCUGGGUGGAUUUCUGAUUCCAGUGAUAGCAGUGAGUCUCGCCCUUAGGUUUCCAUUUUGUGGUCCUAAUAAGAUCAAUCAGUGCUUCUGUGACUAUUCUUCUGUGCUAAUAUUGGCCUGUGGGGACAUCCUGAUUACCAGCUAUGUGGCAUUAGCUUUGGGUCUGACUAUAAUAUUUAUCCCAUUGAUAUAUAUAAUCUUUUCCUAUACAAAGAUCAUCAGGUCAGUGCUGAACAUAUCUAGCUCUACUGGCCGCAUGAAGGCCUUUUCCACUUGUGGAACACAUCUACUGGUCAUUUCUUUAUUCUUGUUCCUAGCUGCAGGAGUAUUUGUUUCUUAUCGAAUUCCCGGUGCCUCUGUGGAUUUGCGGAUCAUGGCGGCCGUGUUGCAGAAUGUCUUUCCACCUUUGAUAAACCCAAUAAUUUACUGUUUGAGGACAAAGGAGAUCAGAGACAGUAUAAUGAGGACCCUUAGGAAGAUUAGACUCAUCCCAACAAAUACAUGA